UUUUUUUGUUGGUUCAUUUGGGAUCAGAGACCAUCCAAUCUGUUCCCCGACUACCGCUCAGUUCCCUGCCCCGUUAGCGGGGAAGAGCGACGGCUUCACCGGUUUCACCGUCUGCUGCCUGAGAGUCGUGGAAGAAACGCAGCUUGGUCAGCUAAACCUUUUCAAUAAUCAUAUUAUUGUAAUUAUUAUUAUUAGCACACAGUGGUUCAUAUGAAGGGUCUCCACAACCGCUUAACCGUUAUUCCUAUUUGCGCGUUUAUGAAAGAUUGUAGAUUUUAAGUUUUUAAAGUGUUUUUCCAAACUGCGUCAUUGCCCGUCUAAUGGACCGAGCUCCGUAUAUUCCGGUAGAGGCUCUUGGGUAAAAAAAAACGACUGUUACUUAAGUCCUUAUGAACUGACCUCGCCAGAGACAAGACGUACGGGUGUGUGGAUUGAUUUGUAUAUGUCAAGCGAUUUUACUGCGUGUUUUUAUAGGUCAGGGAUUUCGAUGGGCAGCCUAGCCUUCAGCGGCUCUUUGGGAACACUAUCCCGGACACAGUGUUAGCUCUGGACGUCCCUCCCCCUUCCCUCCCUACACUGGAGAAUGGAUGGCCGAGAUUUCGGACCCCCUCGAUCUGUCCAUGUUCCCCCUCCACUGUUGGCCAUGGAGACCCACCGACUCGGAGCUGCUGCUGCAGCCAGGAUGAUCCCUCCCUCGCCGGGACACUUGGCCACAGGGCACCCCGGAAAUCUCCACGUCGGGAAAUUCCUUCCAUCUGUUAUGAACCUUCAUCCACAUCACAGUGAUGCCUUCCCAGCAGCCUCCAGUCCCUUCCUGCCGGGCUAUUCCGGCCCCUCCCCCCUGACCUCUGACCCAGCCUACAGAUCACCCAAUCAGAUGGCUCAGCUCUGGGCUUCACACGCUGCCGCCCACGAAGGCUACGCCCCUCUCCCAGGCGGUCUGUACCCCAACCCCUACCACCUCCCCCUGGGUAACCUGGACCCUCCUCCCCCCUCGCUGGGCUUGGCUCAGCAUCACCACCUCUACAACACACCACACCAAGAGAGGUUCUUCCUGCCGGUGUCGUUACCCCAGCCGCCUCUUCAACCCUCCUCUGUCCCCCCCAGCCCCAUCCCCCCCCUGAGUACCUCCCGGAAGGGGGUCAGGGACCGGGACACACUCUUCCGCGAGGAGAGGGAGAGAGAGGAGCCCCAGGAGGGGAUCAGAGACCGAGACAGACUCUACCGCGAGGAGAGGGAGAGAGAGGAGCCUCAGGAGGGGGUCAGAGACCGAGACAGACUCUACCGCGAGGAGAGGGAGAGAGAGGAGCCUCAGGAGGGGGUCAGAGACCGAGACAGACUCUACCGCGAGGAGAGGGAGAGAGAGGAGCCUCAGGAGGGGGUCAGAGACCGAGACAGACUCUACCGGGUCAGAGACCGAGACAGACUCUACCGCGAGGAGAGGGAGAGAGAGGAGCCUCAGGAGGGGGUCAGAGACCGAGACAGACUCUACCGCGAGGAGAGGGAGAGAGAGGAGCCUCAGGAGGGGGUCAGAGACCGAGACAGACUCUACCGCGAGGAGAGGGAGAGAGAGGAGCCCCAGGAAGGGGGCAGAGACCGAGACAGACUCUACCGCGAGGAGAGAGAGAGAGAGGAGCCCCAGGAGGGGGUCAGAGACCGAGACAGACUCUACCGCGAGGACAGAGAGGAGCCUCAGGAGCGGGGCAGAGACAGACUCUACCGCGAGGAGAGAGACAGAGGAGAGAGGGAGCGGUCGAGAGAGGAACCUCGUUCGUACAGUGUGGUAGAUCUGACACAGCAGGAUGGGAGGAGUGGAGAGAGAGAACGCCACAGAGAACGAGAAAGAGAGGCUUUCCUCCACCGCCCGUCUGCUCCUCGUCCCCUCCAGGGCUCCUCCUCUUCUGGACGUUACCCAGAGACUGAUGACGCACCUAUUCGCUCCCCUAACCCCAACCCUAACCCUAACCCCCACACACACACAGACAGGCUGAGAAAGACUGAAUCUACCUACAGCGGUGGACUCCUCCCUGGCCCCACCUACACUGCACACCGGGAGCCUAUCAGGGAACAGCGUGUGAGCGCGCCCACUUACGUGCCUUCCGUGGAGGUCUAUGAUGAGCGGGUCGGCCCAAUCCAGAUCGCCUCGCAGGCCAGGGACAAACAUGACAAACAGAGAGAGAGGGAGAGAGAACGAGAAAGAGAGAGAGAACAAGAAAGAGAGAGGGAGAGAGAAAGAGAGAGGGAGAUCUCCAGGUUUCCUGAAAAGACUCUAUUGGACCGUCGCCCUUCUCUUCCUGGUGAUUUGUCCAAUCAGAGAGAGCGGGAGGAGGGCUCUGUGAUCUGCUCCAACGGUUCGGCUCUGAAACGAGACGGUUACGUCAGCCAAUCAGGGUUCAGCCCGGACCCCAGGGACACGCCAAAACAUGCCGUCCGAUUGGGCCUGGAGCGAGUGGGGGAAGGGCUUAAAUGGAACCCCAUCAGCCCAUUGGCUAACUACGCCACCAGUCAUAUGGCAGCGCUGGCCUCCCAGCACGGACACGCACACUCUCAACACACACACACACACUCCGCACAGCAGACACGCACACACACUCAACCCUCACACCACAACCAGCCGGAACUCAACAGACCCCCAUCCAACCCCCACGCACCCCAAAACAGACACACAAAUUCCCCCCACCCUUCGCCCCAACCCCAGAGAGGAGGAGAGGAGGGACAGAGGCGUUACAUGGACACCUCAGCCCUGUACCCCCCAGUGGUGGGAAGGAGGAGAGGCAGCGGGGGAGGAGGGACUGAUGAGGGAACAGAAGGAGGAGAAGUGUCAGCCAUGCAGAGUCUAAUCAAAUACAGCGGGACUUUCCCACCUGAACGCCGGGUGUCCUCUAGGCAGAACACGGACAACCAAGCCUCGUUCGGAGGCCUGGCGUUCAUGAGACUGGAAGGAGGAGGAGGAGGAGGAGCGGGGGGGAGGCUGAUGAAGAGAGAGGUGGAACGUCCCCGGCGAGGGGCGGGGCCAGGCGAGGGUGGGGGAGAGGUCCGUCACCCUCCUGUAGGGAUCGCUGUGGCCGUGGCCAGACAGAGGGACAGUAGCAAUACAGACUCGCAGAGACCUCUAGUGCUGCACGCAGGGGUUAAAGACGAGGAGCGGGGGGACGAGCGAGCCCGUCACCGUGGCGACAGACUGGGGUGCCUGGAGCGCGAGCAGGAGAAGUUGCUCAGAGAGAGUAAGGAGUUGGCAGAGUUCACCCAGAUGCACCCCCCCCUGGCGUCCAGCGCCCUGACCUCCAACCUGAUGACCUCGAACCUGAUGACCUCUAACCUCAUGGUGACUGGAGGCUCCGCCCGCUGGCCCCACGACUCCUCCCCUCUGACCUCUCACCCCUGGAUGCCUCGCCAAGGAGCCCCGCCCAUCUGGCUGUCGGGAUCCCCCUACGGUUUAGGCCCCUCUCCGCUGCACCAGGCCCUCCCUCCCUACCAGCUGGCUAGAGACCCCCAGUCAGGACAGCUGAUGGUUAUAUCCACAGAACACGUCCCACGCUACGGAGGAGAUGUGUUGGACGGGGGUGGCGCCCCCCUGUGGCCGGCGGUGUACGGAGCGGGAAGUUCCCUGCAACAUGCGGCUCAGCUGCAGAUGUUGUCACAGCAACAGAUGCUGAGGCAACACGAGCUGAUGAUGAUUCAACAACACGCUGCUCAGGUCCUGGAGCUACAGAGGAACGCUCAGCUGAUGGAGCGUCUGAAGGCCAGUGAACAGAGGGCGGAGCUAGAAGAGAAGACCAAUAAGAGGAGUUCCGAGCCCAAACCCCGCCCCUCGCCACGCCCCACUCCCUCCCCUUCCCUCCACUGCCAUAAAACUCCCCUCCGUUCGCCUCCCCCCUCCACCUCCUCCCUCACCCCCCUGUCCUCCCCCAGGCUCAGUCUCCAACACCAGGAGGUCCAGAGAGAGAGGUCUCACCCCUCCUCUCCACUCCCUCGCCCCCCCGCUCCACACUCUGCCUCCCCCCUGAGACCCUCCUCCCCUCUGAGACCCAAGCAGGAGGGAGAGGAGGAGGAGGGGGGGAGAGAGAGGGGGGAGAAACAGACCACCCGUCCCCUUUCACCGACUCUACACAGCGCCCUGUUCCCCCCUCGCCAUCCAGCAGGGGGUAACACACGCCCCUCGGUCUCCUCCCUAGCGCCUCUGCCCCGGGCCACAGCUCCAGACGCGACGCCUCGGGUCCUGGAGCUCCGGCCAGACCAAGGGACCGCUCUGAAGCACGACCCCGCCGAUCGGGAGCCACCCCAGCUGGGCAUGAGUCCUCCACAAGAACAACAGACCGAGGAGGAGGAAGAGGAGGAAGAGGAGGAGGCAGGAGCGGUCAAGAUGGAGGUGUUGACCUACGGCUGCCGUGGAUCCUAUCAGCUUCCGCCGUCCGUCCCGAAAGUGGAGACUAAACCAGAGCCUCCCUCCCCUCGAAACGUCGGUAUGAUGACACUGUGGGCUGCCAGUCAGAUGCCCCAGGCUGCCCCACCUGCCCUACCCACCCUGCUCCAGACAGAGGCCUCCUCGCUGGGGAGAGACGUGACCAGUCCUGGGUGUCUGGAGGUCUGGGCCCUGGAAGGGAUGACUCUACUCAGCGACAUGGCUUCACUAGAGAUGGACAGAAUACAGCUGGAGCAGGGUGAGGUGUUGAGCGGGCUCGACAGCCUGUUAGAGGCAGGUAGAAAGGUGUUACUGGAGGCCAUUGAGAGCCAGUCUCACAUCGACCUCCCCAGACGACUACACCCCAGCAAGACCUACAGCUGGAGGACGAGGACAGACCCGCAGGAGCAGCUCUUCAGUAAGGUGUGUGUGGAGGUGUGUGACGGAGGGGAGUUACAGCACCGGAUCAGGUUAGCGGAGCUACAGAGGCAGUACAAGGACAAACAGAGACAACUGGACAAGCUGCAGAGACGCUCAGACACCCAAGAGGUUCAGCAGGAGGAGGAGAGGCGGAGUCUAACCAGACGUGGGCGGGGCAGACCCAGGAAGAGGAAACGUGUAACGACGCCCCCUGGCAAGAUGGAGUCCCGGACAGGAAAGCUGGGCAGGACAGUGCAGUACUCCGACGUGGGGGAUGGAGGGAGGAAGAGAUUCCACUGUUCCAGAGAGGAAGAUGAGAUGGAGGGAGGAAGAGGAGGAGAGAAGAGGAGAUGGCAAGAUCGGGAGCCGUCCACCAGUCACUCUCUGGAGGUACGGUGUGGUGUGGAGCCGUCCACCAGUCACUCUCUGGGGGUACGGUGUGGUGUGGAGCCGUCCACCAGUCACUCUCUGGAGGUACGGUGUGGUGUGGAGCCGUCCACCAGUCACUCUCUGGAGGUACGGUGUGGUGUGGAGCCGUCCACCAGUCACUCUCUGGAGGUACGGUGUGGUGUGGAGCCGUCCACCAGUCACUCUCUGGAGGUACGGUGUGGUGUGGAGCCGUCCACCAGUCACUCUCUGGAGGUACGGUGUGGUGUGGAGCCGUCCACCAGUCACUCUCUGGAGGUACGGUGUGGUGUGGAGCCGUCCACCAGUCACUCUCUGGAGGUCUUUAAGGCUCGUCGUGUCGGUCUGUGUGACCAUGAGCAGCUCGCCUGUGACCUGGACAGAGCUCUCUCCCUGUCCGUCCUCAGCAGCAGCAGCCGCCGGCUGACCUCUGACCCCAGCGGGAGGAGCGAUGGAGGGGGGAUCCUCUCGUCUGGAGGGAAAGAGAAGAUUAGAGGUGAGAGGAAGACGGUUUCUCCUCCUCUUCCUCACUCCUCUUCCUCUCAACGCUCCAGCUUCGACUACAACUCUGACUCUGAAGAGGAUGUCCCCCGGGGAGGCUGUCACCCCUUCUCAGGGUUGCGACCCCACACAGCCCCGCCCAGGAAGAGACCGUCCCCCUCCUCGUCCAAUCAGGCGGCUCGGGAGAGGAAACAGAAGCACUUAUCCCUCCUGCUGCAGGAGGCGGGGCUUAGCUCCUCCGACGACUCCUUCGAUCAAGAGUCCUCCACUGAGGAUGAUGACGAGGAAGAGUCAUUGUGCUCCGAGGGGAGUGAGCUGGAGGAGAGUGGGUUGGGCCUACUGGCCAGGUUCGCAGCCAGCGCCCUCCCGGUAAACCCCGCCCCCUUGCCCCGUCUCCACGACAACAAACACCGUAGCAGGCAAAGCGUUCUGGGUGUCGGUUCUGGUUCUGACCUGCGUCUGAGGAAGUUCCCCUCUCUGCUCCACGGAAAACGCUCCGCUCCCCAACUCCCCCUGUUACCCCCGGCGACGCGCCACGGCGACCAGACUGGCGACGAGAUCUCGCCGGUCAAACGCAAACCCCGCCCAUCUCCCCGGUCGCCCCGGAGAUUCACCUUUGACCCCCCCGGGGGGCUAGGGGGAGGGGCUAGCGAGGAGGAGGGAUGGACACGCAGACGCAGCGAGAGGAUUUUCCUUCAUGAUGCCACCACCAAUCAGAUCUCUCCCUCCAGCAAAGACCCUCCAAUCAGCGCUAAGCCCACCCCCAGACCUAAAACCACACCGAGGGAGGGGAAAGACUUGAAGAAGAAGAAGCUGAAGGACUCUCCCCUGAACCCGCCCUCUCUGUCUAGUCCAAUCACAGAGAGCCCUGUAGUAGCCCCUCCCCUCAGCCCUGCACGCAAGAGCCAAUCAAAAGCCAAAGCUAAACCCAGAGAGGCUCGUGGAGCGGUCAGUAGGCUGAUGAAGAGUAUGGAGGCUGACGAAGACUUCGAACCCAGUCAGGACAGCAGCUUCUCUGAAGACGAUGGACCUCCUCCGUCAAACCUGGCUGAGAGGACCCUGUCGUCAGCUCCGGUCCAGUGUGUGUUAGAUAAAGACUCUCUUCAGGAUGGUCUCAGGGUUCUGAUCCCCAUGGAUGAUCAGCUGCUGUAUGCCGGACACGUCAACACCGUACACUCCCCGGACAUUUACAGCGUGGUGGUGGAGGGAGAGAGAGGAAACAGACCUCAUAUCUACUGUCUGGAACAACUCCUGCAGGAGGCUAUUGUGGAUGUGAUGCCUCCAUCAGUGUGGAAUCUCCCUGAAGGCUGUCGUAUUGCUGCAUACUGGAGCCAACAGUACCGCUGUCUCUACCCCGGCACCGUCGUCAACGGAAGUUCAGACGGUGAUGACAGUGAUGACCUCAUCACGGUGGAGUUCGAUGACGGGGACACGGGUCAUCCCCUGUCCCACAUCAGACUGCUGCCCCCUGACUACAAGAUACAGUGUGCUGAGCCCUCCCCCGCGCUGCUAGUGGCCAGCUGCUCCAGGAGGCGUGUCAGGAAGUGCAGCAAGGACACCAGUGAGACGAGGCCUAAAGCAGGGGACUCCGCCCCCAAGGGCAGAGGGAGACCGGCCAAGAAACCCAAACCUGAGCCCCCAGUGAUCCCAGACCCCCUGGAGAAGAUGUCCCCUCCGGGACCCAGCCAGGCUCAGCUCCCCACCAGACCAGCCCAAGACAGGCCUUCCUCCUCCCAGAGACCUGCUCAGGAAAACCCCUGUCUUCCCCCAGGCCGGGACCAGGCCGACCUUCCAAGCCCACCAGCACCCCCAGCCUGCCUGCCUCCCCACGCAGCCAGAACACCAGGAGACCCAGCUCAGCUCAGGCCUCUCCCAAGCCCCCCUCUCUCUACCACCCAGCCCCUUACGGGAGUACUAAGGGUGGACCUGUAUAGCCAACCCAACCUCACCUCUUGUAACGUCAGUACCCAACCUAACCCUAAACCCAACCUUAAGUCUAAACUCUCCCCUUCACUACUUAAACCCAACCCUACUUCCCCUACCAUCAGACCAAACUCUCUUCUACCUAACCCUAAAACUAACCUUACCUCGGUACCAAAAUCCAAACCUAGACCUAACUCUACAGCAGAACUUCCCAGACCUGGGUCUAAAGCUAACUUUAAUCCUGAUCACAACAAACCCAGAACCGCUCCCAAAGCAAUCUCCAGACCCAAACAGAACCAUAACAAACCCCCCAGACCCACCCUGGAUCCUUCUACCAGGCCCAGAACCAUCCCCGGGCCCAGCUCUAGUACCUCUAAACCCACAACCAGCCCUGGGCCCAGCUCUAGUAUCUCAAAACCCAGAACCAGCCCUGGGCCCAGCUCUAGUAUCUCCAAACCCAGAACCAGCCAUGGGCCCAGCUCUAGUAUCUCCAAACCCAGAACCAGCCCUGGGCCCAGCUCUAAUACCUCCAAACCCAGAACCAGCCCUGGGCCCAGCUCUAGUACCUCCAAAUCCAGAACCAGCUCAGACCACUCUGCUGCCAGACCCAGAACCAGUCCCGGGCCCAGCUCUAGUACCUCCAAACCCAGAACCAGCCCCAGGCCCAGCUCUAGUACCUCCAAACCCAGAACCAGCUCAGAACACUCUGCUGCCAGACCCAGACCUGACCCUACCACCUUUAUUCCUGGUAUCUCCAGACCCAGGCAUGUCCCGGGGGAGGGCGGGUUGGGACAGGGGCGUAAGGCCCUCCCAGAGGAGCCCUUAGUAAAGCUGGACCACGAGGGCGUGACCUCACCCAAAACCAAGAAGACCAAGGCUCUGAUGCUGCUGGAGGGAGGGGCUUACGGCAAGAACACACGCCCCUUGUCGCGGCCGCAGCCAUCCAGAAACCGGCGAGGGAAGAGAGGGGAGAAGAGAGGGGAGGAGAGGGAGAAGAGAGGGGAGGAGAGAGAGAAGAAAGGGGAGAAGAGAGGGGAGGAGAGGGAGAAGAGAGGGGAGGAGAGAGAGAAGAGAGGGGCUUCUCACGGCAGCAGUAGUUCAGGAUCUGAGGAAGAGGAAGAGACGGUGAAGAAGAGAGGGGAGUCUCACGGCAGCAGUAGUUCAGGAUCUGAGGAAGAGGAAGAGACGAAGAAGAAAACGAAGUGUAGCUCCAGCUGCUCCCACCCCUCCUCCCCAGCCUCCUCCUCUUCGUCCUCCUCUAGCACCUCCUCCUCCUCCUCUUCCUCCUCCACUGACGAGGAGUCCUCUUGCAGCUCUGACGAGGAGACCGCCCCACUCCCCUUGGACCUCUCCCCGUCUCCCAGUCUCCAACUACCCCACGGGAGGAGCCAGCCAGGCCCCGGGGUCGUCCAGCCCGGCAGAAGACCCAGGGAGGUGUGGGGUCGGUGGGCAGGCCCCGGGGUCGUUCCAGCUCGGCACCUCCCCACCACCAAGGAGCUGGCUAAGAGACAGCGAUUACCGAGCGUAGAGAACAGACCCAAGAUCUCUGCUUUCCUGCCUGCCAGACAGCUCUGGAAGUGGUUCGGCAAACCCACACAGAGACGCGGUAUGAAAGGGAAGGCUAAGAAGUUGUUCUACAAGGCCAUCGUGAGGGGGAGAGAGAUGAUUGGUAUCGGGGACUGCGCUGUGUUCCUUUCAGCCGGCCGACCCAACCUGCCCUUCAUAGGGAAGAUCCAGAGCAUGUGGGAGAGCUGGGGAUCCAACAUGGUGGUCAGAGUUAACUGGUUUUAUCACCCGGAGGAGACCAACCCUGGCAAGAAACUACACGACAAGAAGAACUGGGAUCAGAUGUCUGGUCAGUCUCUUCCUUCAUCUCUGCUCUCCUCCAACCAGAGGAAAGACUUCAUGGAGCGGGCUCUGUACCAGUCGUCCCACAGCGAGAACGACGUCCAGACGGUCAGUCACAAGUGUCUGGUGGUCAGCGUGUCAGAGUACGACGCCAUGAGCCUGACGCGUCGCUACGCCGACAGCCAAGACCUGUACUACCUGGCCGGGACGUACGAACCCACCACCGGUAUGAUCUACAACACGGACGGAGUCCCCGUCAUCUGAUGAACCAACACGCUAACCAACACGCUAACGACACCGGACCCUCGACCUCGAACCAAACGCCGAAGGUCCAUCCUGUCAACUCGUAACGUUUCAUCCAACGAACGGAAGACCACCUGAGAGAGAGAGAGAGAGAGAGAGAGAGAGAGAGACUACAGACUGUAUUUACAAACGCUUUGAAACACAAGGAUCUUCUCUAUAGACACACACACACACACACACAGAGACUUCUACCUGUAAAUACAUGCAAUAAUUCUAACACUCAUAGAUAUAAAUAUAAAAGACAGGAAGUGAUUUUAUUUACUAGGGAAGAAAUCCUCCUCUCUGGAUCAUAGCUGUAUGUCACAGUAGUUUUGAUGAGAGGAGGAGGUCUGUCUAUCUGACAGAGGUAUUACACUAACAUAACGAGAGAGAGAGAGAGAGACAGAGAGAGAGACAAAGGUAGAGAGAGAGGAGAGGGAGA